AAACUUCAUUUUUCCUUCGUAUUCACUCCGGUAAAAGUCUUACACCAUGACGGUCUGGAGGGGAAAGCGGGGGAUAGAUUGACACUUUCUGCAUUUACACUCCGGUGAUCGCUCUAUAUCGGCCACUGGGGACCAUGAUGCCAGAGACAUGCCUCUUUUAGAUAGAACAUUUGACUGUACGCACACGCACACGAGAGCAACCUCAACAAAGGUCCGUUUCGUGAGUUUCUGAACUGGCUGAAGAAGUGCUCUUGCAGUCGCUCCUGCCUUCCUAUUGAGUUUCCCACGCAACUUUCUCUGGGAGGCCUUUGCACAGACCAACACAAUAGACAUUUGGUGUCCCUGCAAACUUCCACCACUUACUCUUCUUGAUCAUGGACUGUCCAACGCUUCGAACAUCAUUGUGGACGCGUCAAAGCCUUGUAACUUCAUUUUAGGCCUCCCUUGACAAUCCUUGUCUCUCAAAAACAACUAUUGGCACAGACCCCCCAUAGUAUAAUGACUUCGAUAACUGGUCCCAAGGAUGUGGUCCGUAAGAUGGAUCUGGUCUCUAUGUGUAUGCGCGUGGUCGCUAAGCACAUGGCCAGCCUCACAACAGACCAUCUCGUGCUUUUACCAGAACCCCGCCUCAGGCAGCUUUUUAGGCUCUUGGAUCCAAUAAUGACAUACACCCAAUGGCAACUCCUCGCCGAUGCCAUUUACAUCAACACCUCACGGACAAACACCCCACACGGUGUUAAGCCUUUCCGCUGGGAAGAUGACGUCGAGCCGGACGAGUUACCCAGGCGCAUCCAAACCAUGCAGCCGCACCCGGGCAACGUUCACUUCCUCACCAUUCUUAAAAUUAAGGAUACCGAGAGAUUCAACACCCGCGACCUCCUCCUCCUCGCCGAAUUGCGCAGCCUGGUCAUCCUGCAUAUGGAAGACCACGGCAUCAAAACAGCCGCUCACUCGGGAUUCUCGUGCAACAAACCGAGCUUGAAUCUAAACAACCACCUCAUUCGAGGUUGGAGCGAGAAAAAAGAACCCUUCCCUUCUCUCCGCAGUCUCAUUCUCUUUGCCAUGCCAGGUUCGCUCAGUAUACACAUGCUGCACUACGCAACUAAGUUCCCCAAGAUCAAGGCAGUGUACGUCAACUCGCCAAUGACAAACCCACCGCCGGUCAUCGGCCAGCCGCUGAAGGACGCGCCUGCCUGGGCGCCGGUGGAGUGUUACCGGUACGUGUACUGGGACAUGGACAUGGCUUUGCAGUAUGAGGAGCUGGGACUGGAUAAUCCGUAUACUACCAUCACUUUGGUGACGCCGCCGGAGCCGGGACAGGUGAACACCAAUAAGAGUUUACUGAGCAAUUUGUGCAUAUGGGAGUUUUCCAGGGAUUGGAAUGUUGAGGUGCAGGCUGAGGAAGCGCCUACGGUAGUGGUAACGCAGCCUAAGAGGAAGGCUACUACUGAGAGCGCGGGGGUAAAGCCGAAGAAGAAGUCGCAGAAAAUUGGGGACUUAUUGAGUAGUUUUGGAUGAUGGUCUUGGUGUUGUUUUGGGACGCAGUUACUGUGAUAUUAGCGUUUGUUUGCAUCGGUAGCGUAUGGGGCGUUGUGUU